ACCCACCGCGAUCGCACCACACCCACACCACACCACACCUCCUCUACAAAUCACGGUGGCAGCGCGUGCCAACAUGCACGGCUCCUUCUCAAGAAUCAAAGACAAGGCGAGGCGGCGUUUGGGAGACCCCAGCCCGGAUGAGGCCUAUCUUUCAUACUACGACGUGAGGGUGACACGAGCGGAUCUUGAUAGUAUCAAGACCAAUGACUGGCUCACCGAUAAUGCAAUUGCCUUUUGGCAGGAAUACCUCGAACGCGAAGAGCUUAUCAACUACCCCAAAGCCUCCAUUGUCCUCCUGCGCCCCUCCAUGUCCUACAUGCUCAUGCAAGCCGCAGAGCCCCUCGCCCUCAAGGAAGCCCUACCGAAUUUCAGCCACACAACACAUGUCUUCCUACCCAUAAACGAUAAUAUGGAUGUGACGCAGGCAGAAGGCGGAUCCCAUUGGUCUUUGCUGCUGGUGUCAAUUAUUGAUGGCGUCUCCUUCCACUACGAUUCCAUGAGCCAGGCAAACGAGCGCGAGGCACGGAGCACGACUAUGAAGCUGGAGCAAUUGCUCGGAAAGAGACUGAGAUUUAUACCCAUGGGAGACAGCCCUCAGCAGGAGAAUGGAAGCGAUUGCGGAGUUUUUGUUUGUGUUCUCAUGCGCCACUUGUUGUUGAAGAGGCUGCUUAGAGCAGAUGCGAGCACCAAGGUGAGUAUGAGUAUGCGGGACGCCCAUAUCAACGCCAAGGAUGGCCGGAAGACGAUGCUCAAGGUAAUUGAGGAGAGGAGAGACGAGGGGAAGCGGAGACGCUCAGGUAGUCACUCGCCCUUUAGGAACUCAUCGGCACAUUCCAAGAGUCCACCACGCAUUGGUGAAGAGCAAUCGCAAUCGCAAUCCCAGGAGCGUUAGGCGCGACCUCGAUUUUAUCGAAAAGCUCGCACCCACGACAUAUAUCAUACCGCUAUCUAUAUCCUGUUGACACUAUACUCACUAGGACAUGCCCUAGUGGUUUGCCAGGGAGACAGCUUCAAAUAUCGAAUAUGAUGCAGCCUCAACCAUGUCAGCAAGAACAUUUAGCACCGUGAGCCAGUCGGUGCGUAUUUAAAAAGAAGAUAUGAGUUACGAUUUAUGAGUUUAUGCAUGAUAUGGCAAUAUGUGUGGAGGAGUGUUCGUGGUAGAUUUACGCCACAUUUAUACACAUUUAUAUAGCAUUUGAAAUAGCAGUUAUUUGCUUUC